AAGCAUUGUGUGGUCGAUCAGAAGGCUUGGCUUCGUCUAGUCAUGGCGGACAGCGCCAGUGAAAGCGAUUCUGGGUCAGUUGACGGCGGAUCUAUCCUCAUGCCUCCGUCGCCCAUCACACGAGAGCAGUUGCAAAAAAGGAUUGAGUCGUUAGCGCAGCAGAAUCGAGUGUUAAAAGUUGAGCUGGAUACAUAUAGGCUGCGUGUCAAGGGACUGCAAGAGGAAAAUCGUGCCCUGAAGCAAGCGUCCGUUAACAUUCAAGCACGCGCGGAGCAGGAGGAGGAGUACAUCAGCAACACGCUCCUGAAGAAGAUCCAGGCGCUGAAGAAGGAGAAGGAGACGCUAGCCAUCAACUAUGAGCAGGAGGAGGAGUGCCUUACCAACGACCUGUCGCGCAAGCUGUGCCAGUUGCGACACGAGAAGGAGCACCUGGAGCAGACGCUGGAGCAGGAGCAGGAGUGCCUGGUCAAUAAGCUCAUGAACAAGAUCCAGAAGCUGGAGUCGCAGACGCUUAACAAGCAAGUGACGCUGGAGCAACUGCGCAGAGAGAAGGUGGAGCUGGAGAACACACUAGAGCAGGAGCAGGAGGCGCUCGUCAACAAACUCUGGAAGAAAAUGGAGAAACUGGAGGCCGAGAAGAGGCUGCUGUCCGGCAAGCUGGAGCGGGUGGAGCGCGGCGCCGACUCCGAGCCGCUCAAGGGCCAGCUGCAGCACUCGCGGCGCGAGCACUCGGCCAAGAUGGCGCACUACGCGCAGGAGGAGCGCCAUGUGCGGGAGGAGAACCAGCGCCUGCAGCGCCGGCUCCAGGUGGAAAUGGAUCGGCGGGACACGCUCUGCCGCCACCUCUCCGAGUCCGAGUCCAGCCUGGACAUGGACGAGGAGCGCCAGGCGGACCCCGGCGGCGUCCCUCGCAGCCGCACCGUCUCCAGCCCGGGGCCGGCCUCGCUCACCUCGCCUGGCUCCUCGCGCCCGCUCAGCCCCGGGCGUGACAUGUUCGGACCGCCGUCGCCGGCGGCGCCGCGCUGUCACAACUGCGGUGCGCUGGUGCACCUGCCGGCGACCCGGGCCAGGCCGCCGGUGGCACCGCCUGCCAGCACCACCGGCAACGACAAGUUCGUGAAGCCGACGGCGCCGGCCAUCAGCAUUGGCGCUCCGGCCAUGUCCCCCGGCCGGCCCAUGCAGAUGUCGCCGACGUUGUCUGGCCGGGCGGCCACACCGACCGACCCACCGGCCUCACCGUCAGCGGUUGUGCCUGGCUCCCCGAUGGACACCUCCCGCACCUAGUCUGCGUGCCCCCCCCCCCCCCUGCCCCGCUUCGCCGGACCGUCCCCAGCCGUCUGUUGUACAUCCCUCCCCCACCCCCAGCCCAUGGUGAUACGCUCGCCGGGAGACGCCAGCGCAUGAUUACCCAGUGCUUUGAUAUGUCGCCUCUGCGCCGCGCUCUCUCUUUCCCUCAGUCUCCGUGGCAGCUCUUGGCCCCACUAACGUGAGGCUUGGCCGGCCGCCGGGCGCCACGAUUGUGCUUCCACCUCGUGGUGGCUGCUGCUACUGCUACUUACGCCAAUCGACAAGUGUCGUAGAUGGCGCUGUGGUCUUUGGAGUGGCUUGAAUCAAUACAAUACUAUGUCUGCUGCACGGUUUGUUUCUACGC